AUGGGCUACACCAGACACAAUCACCCCCCCCCCCCCAGCAACAAGUUCAGAAUUGUUGGCAGUCCUAUCCACAUCCCUGCUUAUGACAAAAAGAUCAUGACUAACCUCACUGUCAUUGACUCUGACACCAACCAGCUCAUCCUGCAGAGGUUCAAGCCCAUGAGCUACAAGAAGCAGACUGCAGCCAACAAGUCAGCUCCCAAGGGUCUGGAACUCUUCAUGAAAGCCCUGCAAAAGCAUGACCAGAUGAAAUCCAGGGGAAACAUCCACUUGGGCCUAUGGGCUGAAAGGGGCAAUGUCAAGAUCAACUUCACCACCCACACUAGCAAAAAUGAAUUUGGUGUAAAGCUCCUGGAAUGGGCUCAGGACCACUCCAAUGAACACCUCAACCAUCUUGUGCCACUUCUGCAUCCUCAGUGGCAGCACAACCUCAAGAACAGACCCAAAACAAAGCUCCUGCCUAAUUACUGGACCUCCUGCUCCUUCUUCAACACAUUCACUGGUGAGAUCCACAACAAUACUGGUGACUCUGUGCCCUCCUUCCUUUUCAACUUUGGCAUCAGCACUAUGGUCAGAAUCAUCCCCUAUGGCAUUGAUGUUCAGGUGGAUCACUUGGUUGUUUUGGUUUUAAACACUAGCUUCGAUCACAUGACUUGGGAUGCAGAGGUGGAUGCAGAGGGGAUUGGAGUGAGAUGGGCCUUCUCGGCCUUCAUCAGGAAGGUGAUUGAUGAGCAGAGAGCUAGCCCUAGUGCACUGUCCGGCGCCAAAGGGGAGCGCAAGGAGGGAGGCCAUGGUGAAGUUGACACCAUGGCACCAAGAUAUAUAUACACCCCUCCAUCAUAG